AUGGAAAAAACAGGCCAGUGAAAAACGCCGGCCUCUAUGUUUCUGAACUUAGUGAAGAAAAAAAAAAGUUCUCUAUUGAUCCUCCCGGAAAAAAAAACACGAAGAAAGAAGUGACGGAGCUUGGUCUGAUUCCGGUUUUCUUUUGGGUAUAAGGGUUUUGAAAAUCGAAGAGAGUUUGGUUCAUUUGACGGAAUUAUCUUUCAGGCUUAGCUUCCUUCGUUCUUCCUUCCAACCCUAAUUUCCUACCAUGACUGAGUAUUGGGUCAGCCAGGGAAACAAAUGGUGUGAUUUCUGCAAAAUUUAUAUAUCAAACAAUCCAUCCAGCAUCAGAAAUCAUGAGCUUGGUCAACGACACAAGGACAAUGUUACCAAGCGGCUGGCUACUAUGAGAAAAGAGAAUGCAGCUAAAGAGAAAGAACACAAGGAAACAGCCAAUGCCCUUGAGCAAAUCGAAGCUAGAGCACAGCGGAGCUAUCAAAAGGAUAAGGCAAAAUUUGAGGAAGCCAGGGAAUCACAUGAAUUGGAUGCCCAAGGUGAAUGGGAGUUUGACAGCAGUUCAGGCUAUUACUACCAUAAAACAAAUGGAUUUUGCUAUGAUCAAAAGUCAGGAUUUUACUAUUCCGAUGCCAUCGGCAAGUGGGUGACCCAUGAUGAAGCAUAUGCCUCACCUCACUUUGCAUCAAAUGCUGGGCGUAAUGUACCAUCUGCAAAAAAGGGCAUGACAACUUCACAAUCCAAAUCAGUUGAAAACAAAGUAAAUAAACAUGAUAAUGGACCUUUACCUGGACCAGUUGUUAGAGCUUCUUUGAAUCCCAUGAGAAAUGCAAAAGCCGCCCCUUCAUCUCUUUCUGUUGGUAAGAGAAAGAGACCCAAUGAAAGAUCAAAGGUUAUCUCGGAAGAAGAAAAAGAAGCUCUCAAGGCAAGAGAGGCUGCAAGGAAAAGAGUAGAACAGAGGGAGAAACCCUUGCUUGGGCUUUACAGUAAGCCUUACUAAUGUGGAAUAUUUACUAACAGCCUUGUCUUUCCCCAAAAAUUUGAGGGGUUAUACUUGUUUUUGCCUGGUUUGUUUAUGGUGGCAUUAACUGGGUCUAAUUCCCAAGUGUUUUAUGUGACUGUACCAUGUAAAAUAUAUGUACCUGCUCCAUUUUUUAUGCAAUGCAUGUUGAAUUUCUGCAACAUUUGUAUAA